AUGGAUAUUCGUGUCAAUCUCAAAGAUGAGUGGGUUCAUCUUAAGUCCGAUAGGUCCUCUCGGGGCUUGAGGUGCUAUGAAGGUGUACAUGGAGAUGAUCGUAGGAUGCUCCACAUCAAAGUCCCUGCUAUUUUUGCUAUUCAACCCGCAGUCAUCGCUGGUGGUCUAAGAAGCGAUGAUGAUGGUGUUAAGGUUCAUGCGGGAGGAAUCAGCAACCUGACGGCCUUACAUACUCUUUGUGUUGUUAGUGUGAGUUGUAUGGGCGGAAUGACCAUCCUCAAGGAGGUGAAGAAACUUACCCGGUUGUGCAAGCUUGGGGUGUGA